GGGAAAGAAAAAUGUGUAUACAUGCCGGUUAUUGAUUGAUGUGUAUUUAUUAUUAGAUUACCGUUAUUAGCCUUUAAGUGAGUCCGGAAUUAGGAAUAGAUCUAUGAAUAACUAAAAGACCAGAUCCAGAAUUUUUUCCCCGGUCGGCACUACCUGCCACAUGACAUUGCCUUUACUGGAAGAAACUCAUGCGUUCUUGACUGAACCCUCCCAUCCCACAGUUCUUCAAUAACAUCUAAGAUGGCUGCUUCCAGUCUCUUCGAAGAAGACGAAGUUUGCCAUGUGGCGCCGGAUAAAACCUUCAUCUACGGUUUGGUAUUGGAAACAGCAGAGACAGUAAGCAGCGACGAAGAUGAUGAUUCUCAGCGCGAUGUUUGCAAAAAAGGCUGUGUUCGAGUUGCAUGGCAUCCAAAGGGAAGAGAGUCUGUUGAUAUUCCAGAGAACAAGGUCCUGCUGGUAGAUAGAGCAUUUAGACCAGGAGAUGCAGUGAGACAAUUAGUAGCAGGACGUAAUACGCAAUGUGGGACAGUGCAAGAUUUGGAUGUUCUCUGUCAUCUUCACAUUACUGGCACUGACAAGUACAUCUAUGGCGUCAGUAGCAAGAAUCUGUCUCCAUGCAUUCCAGUCCAUAGAUAUGAAGAGUGUUAUGUCAGUUUGGACAACUGGUUAGGUGAUAUAGAGGAGAUCACAAAUAUGGUGACACUCUUAUUGCCUGACGGAGCCAGAUGCCAAGUUGAUGAGAAAGAUAUCUGCUCUCUGGAAGACAUCACAGAAAAAAGAUCAGAGACUUCCAUUUUCUUUGAAGAGUACUGGUACCCAGGACAGCAGGUGAAAGGUGUACUAAAUGACCUCAGCAGUGUCACAUGGCUCAACCCUACGCUUUUGUACAAUGCCCGAAAUGUACAGACUAAGAAAAACUCCACCUUUUAUGCAACUGUUGAAAAGGUAGAAACUCAGGUUAUCUGUGUACAUUGGAUUUGUCGUGGACACUCCAAAGUUGGCAGUGGCUCUGAGAACAGCAUGCAACCUCCUCCUCAAGAGGUCAGAGGCAACGAUAUACAAAGACUGCAGCUGGUAGACUGGUUUGAACACUGUAAUGUGAAGCUUGGGGACAAGAUGUUUUACACCAUUCAGGAGAGUGAUGUCAUUGAAACUCAGCAGCCUAAACACCGCUUUGUUCCCUUUGCUGCACAAGAUGUUACAUCCGAACGCCUUUCAGAAAUAACUUAUUGUACAGAAGAGUUACUCAGGUCAUUUGACGGGAAGAAUGGCCGACUACCAAAACGGAAGGGCAGCAAGAAAGGUAUCGAUGCCACCAGCUCACAAACCUUGACUAGUGAGAAUGUCAGUGUAAUUGAGGUCAAAUUAGUUGUGAAUGCUACUAUCAGUGAUAGCCAGAUCACAAGGGGGCCAAUUUCUGGCAGUUUUCAGUCAUGUGCUAAGACCUCAGUCAGUACAUCAGCUGUCAAUGUUGGGUGUAGGGACAUUGAAGGUGAUGCUGAUGAUGAGUAUGAAGACAUGGAUGAUGACAAUAAAGGCUAUGGUAAAGGAGAUGAUGCAAAGUCUGAAGAGGAAUCAGAUGCUGGGUCUAAUUCAUCAGCACUUUCAGCAUCAGGGAUGAAAAGACGCAAAUGCAAUAAACAGGUUUCCAUGCCCACAAAGUCGCGAAGAAAUGUUAGUCGCCACAAAGCUAAGCGUCGAAGACCAGUGCCAGAAAUUCAGCUGACCCCUGGUACACGUGUUGCAACUGAAGUGUGCUACACCUUCACUUGGGUUAAUGUUAUGUGGCAGGAUGGAACAAUGGAAGAGCGGGUGCCGUCUGUAAAACUGUUUCCUUUGAAUCAUCUGGAUGAACUAGAGUUCUUUCCAGGAUUCUUUGUUGUGGACUCAAAAGUUGAGGACUCCUGUAAUGAAUAUGGGGUUGUCAUGAGUUGUGAUCACUUUGAAAGAACCUGCCAGGUCAAGUGGCUUAAGCCAUAUGAAGUGGGACAUGGCACAUUUCCUUCUGAAGUUAUAAAAGCAACAGAAGUCAGUGUAUAUGAUAUCAAGGAACACCCUGACUACAGAUUUCGUCCUGGUCACAGUGUCAUCAGAGUGGCUGGCUUUGAGGAUGUAGAUCAGACAUUGCAAGCUGUUGGUCAAGUAAUAAAGUUGAAUGCUGAUGGUACCAUCACUGUCAAAUGGACAGACAACUCCACUACAACAUCUUACCCCCAGGAUCUCUACAUUGUGGACGAUAUAGGCGACUACAGUGACUCAUCCUGGGGCAUAGCAGAGUCUUCAGAGGAUGAUGAGAGUGAUGUGAGCUGGGAGACAGAAGAGGAAGAGGAGCAGAAAGAGGAUGGAGAGGACAGCAUGGCAGAGAGAGAAGACAAUGAUCUUUCAAGCUUGAAAAACCUAAGUGAAGAGAAGCGCAAAAAGAUUCAAGAACUCUUGUCACAAGGGCAGACCCAUUUCAUUGAGCUGCACGCACUUUGUAGUGCUCAAAUUGCUCGGGCCAGCUCCAACUCCUCUGUCACUUCAGAAAUCAGCACAGCUUUGCAUCAUCAGUUUCUGCAUGACAUCGUACGUCUCUACCGUUCUUGUCGACGACUUGAUCACAUGCUAAAGACCUCUUACUUCUGUGGGCCUGAAGUAAAGGGGCUUUUAGCAGCUGUGAAGAGUGAAUUCAAGAAGGAGAAGAGCAAGAAGAUUAAGGAAACAUUAGAGCAGAUGUUUGAAGCUUGUAACAAAGGGCUGUUGGAAGGCAACAAAGAGGUUACAGCUGAAGGAGCAGCAGAGAGUGAGCCUGAAGCUGCAAGCAAACAAGGUGCUGAGAAUAAAGGAGAUUUUGCUAUUUCCAUGGGAAAUUCUACCGAUAUAGACAUGGCAGAAGUUGGGACAGAAGAAUCUAGAGAUAAGACGGCUUUUCCUUUAGUUGCCAGUUCCAUGGUCACAGAAUAUGUAGUUGAAUCCAGGCCAAAUGUCGUUGACAGUAAUAGCAAAGAUGGAGAUGCUGUUGCUGGUGGUGGGGCAGCAAUGAUGCAGAGUGAGGAUGCAGCUUUCUUAACCAGUGUUGCAUUUGUAGAAGCUCAAGGUGCUCAGGAUGAAGAAAAGCAUAUUUCUUCUAUGCUGGCAGCAGCAGUUGUAAAUGAAGUGAGCUCUGUUGAUCAUGCAUACUGCAACAUUAAACAAGAUGCAACAGGAGAUAAUGGGCUACCAGUUGCAUCUAGUGGAGGGGAUGAGAUGGCAUUGAGAAGUGAAUCAGAGACUGUCCUAAACAUAGUCCAGAUAUGCAUGAAUCUGUGCAGAUCUAUACAGACAUUACUGGACACCAUUCAUAAUACUCUUGACACUGUGGAGAGUAGUUACGAUGGAACUCUGAAUACUGAUGUGGAUGAAGCACAAGAAAAAGAUGUCAGGUCUCCAGAGGCCUGCCCUGUUGUAUCAGAACAAAAUGGGACAGAAAAUGAACAAGAAUCACAAAAAAUGUGUUCAGAUAGUUUAGACCUCGAUGAGGUAAUCUCCAUAGAGAGCAGUGCUAGCACCAUAGCUGCAGGUGAUAGUGACAUGAAGGAAAUAGGCUUUGAGAUGGUCAGUGAAACUCCAUCAACACAUGUAUUUAUUAGUAAUAGUUGCCAACCCACUAAUCCAAGAACCUUCAACUGUGCUGUCAAGAAAGAGCUAAAGCUGCUGAAGACCAGUCUACCACCGGGCAUCUUGGUCAAGGCUUAUGAAGACCGCAUGGAUUUGUUUUCGGUGCUGAUAGAUGGGCCAGCAGGAACACCUUAUGAAGAUGGAGUAUUUCUGUUUGAUGUUAUGCUUCCACAAGACUACCCAGCUUCUCCACCCCUUUUCCAUUACCAUUCAUUCUGCCAAGACCGUCUGAACCCCAAUUUGUACCCUGAUGGCAAAGUCUGUGUCAGCCUUUUAGGCACCUGGUCAGGCAAGGGCAUGGAGGUGUGGACAGAAGCAUCAAGUUUGCUUCAGGUCUUAAUUUCAAUUCAAGGCUUGAUCCUUGUGGAUGAGCCAUAUUACAAUGAGGCUGGGUAUGAAAAACAGCGUGGUCAGCAAAUUGCUAAUGAGAAUAGCCGACUUUACAAUGAAAUGGCUAUCCUCAAGUUUGUUCAGUCUCUAACCACCAUGACAAAAGGGGUGUCAGAACCUUUCACUAGAGAAGUACAAGAGCGGCUGAAGAGUCGAGGGCCCAGAAUUUCUGAGCGACUGCAUUGGUGGAUGACUUUGUCUGAAAAUAUGGGGGAUGCUCGCAGCAUCCUUAAUAAUGGAGUUGUAAAUGGCCUCCCUUCAGAUGUUCCCCACAACAAAUCACUGGACAAUGCUGCUGCUGCUGGUUUUGAAGGUGAUGACACAGCACCAGGAGUACAGUGUCUUCCAGUCUGGAAGCACAAAGCCACACCUAGACAUCCAAGUUUUCCACUGCUGCCAAUGUCUAAAGGAUUCCGGCUCACCUUACAAAAGUUUCUGUUAGAGUUUGACCUAUCAUCUGCCAGACUACUGUCACAAGACUUAGAGUUUAAAACUCAAGGGUCAUAUGAGAUUGAAGACCAAGUGUCUAUAACAAGCUCCCCCACUGCCUCUUAACAAAUGCAGAUAAAAAGCCAGGUGUGGAAAGUGUACUGUAGAAUUAACUGAAACCUGAUUGGUAAGUUUGUAAAGGUUACAUAUUUUCUUCGCUUGCUUUUUUUUUUUUGGAUUGCUUAUAGCAAUCUUGUUUCAGUGUUCCAUGAUCUAUUGGUCAUUAUGUUCAGAAAAAAAAAGGCUUCCACUGACCAAAAUAUUUUUUCGAGGGCUGUUGGCUGCUUGUGUGAUUGAUAGCUGGUACUCUUAGCUUAGGGUUAGCUCUCCUGGGUUCAGUUCUUGUCUCAGACAUGCUGUUCUUCCUUCACUUGUCGCAACUGUUUAAAGGGCUGGCUGCCUUAUAUAUAUAGGCUUCACAUAAGACACCAAUCCCUACCCCUAAAAUGUUCAACCACUUACAAGUUUUGCUAAUGUGUCCAUCCCUUUGGUAGUGACAUUUUUCAUCCACCAUUCAGUUUGCUUAUUCAAGCAAACAAAAAAACAUUAAGGGGAAAAAAAUGAGAGCUCAAGACCAUAGAUCAUAGUUACAGGGUUUUCCAUUAUGGCGAGUAGUUUUACAACUGACAUCUUCUGUUGAUAGGCAUCAUCUCCCCAGCAUUUGUGUGUUGGUGCAUCACAGUACCAGCAAGGUACAAAUUCAGUCUACCAGUACAAUUUCUAAUGAGAUUGCAUUUAAGCUUUGGGUGGUUUGGGUUGUGUUCUGAAUGUGAAUAUAAUUGUCAGAGCAGAAAUAUCUGUACCUAUUUAUUAUUUUCCUGUGAAGGAGACUUUAUUGUGAUAUUUUGGACUGCUUGCUGUCAGUUCUCAGUGGUUACAAGUCUGGGUAGCCUUGCUAGCAUUGUGAAGCAUUCAGAUUCAUAAUGGUUUGUUUAAAUAUUAGCACUUGGUCUAUUAAGAUGUGCAUUUGGAGAAACUUGAGGCAAGGGGAGGGAGGGGUUUCUGUAGUGCAUGCUUAUUUUUGGGCUUACAUCCUAGCAUCACAGACUCAAGCUGCUUGCUUAUUAUUCCUAACUUGACAAAAACAGUGUGUCAUUGGGAAUUAAGAUAUACUUUUCUGUGUAGUGUGGGUUGUGCAAGGUGUGCUUUGUUCUUUCUGAACAUCAUUUUGCUUUUGUUUAUAGAUGCCCUGAUGCAUGUGUACAUGAUUGUCAACGUUCAUUCUGCAUUAAUGCUGAAGCCAGUUGGGCACACAGCUGUUGAAUUGUUUCCCUAAGCAGCAGCAAAUAAAUGACAGUGGCCAGCUUUCUUUUUUUUUUUUUCUUUUUAUGGUCAUGUAUACUGCAGUGUUUACACUUGCUUCUAAAUCUUUAAACUGUUUUAAGAAACUUUAAAAUCACUUUUCAUUUAGACGCAGGCUUUUCAUCAGUAUUUAAAUGUUUUAACACUCUAGAUUCAUAAUUGCAUUUAGCAAUGAAAUCAAAAUCACGAUAAGCAUGAGCAUUUUUGUACCCAAAUUGACACACAGGAUUUUGCAAAAAUUGGUUCCACACUCUGAGACCUGCAGCAUCAAAGAGUGAGAGACUGUUGAUUGUACAAAGGUAUUGUGGUGUCCAUCAAUCUGUUAUGCACACAGUUGUUUUUUUAAUGACAACUGUACCUGCUUAAAUAUGUCGGUCAGUUAUGGCAGCUUUUGAAAUUUCCACAAUGGAACUUGCAGUUUUCAACCACAUCCUACAGUUGCAGUACAUACAUUGGAUUAAAUCAUCUACAUGUGACAUUUUAUGUAGUCAAGUUUUUCAAAUAAAGCAAACAUUUCAA